AGCCACGGCCACUGCCACAGGUGAGCCCGGCCCUUAUUACCACACCGUCAGCUUAAUGGCGUCUGAGGUGUUGGCCAGAGGAAGUUCUCGUGUGAAGGAAGUGUUGCACGCAUGAGGGGUGACUUGCGUGGCGGAAAAUAUCAGAACACACCAUCAGAUUUAGACCACGUUGCCACACCUCCUGAAAAAUGUCCAUCGACCUGAGUGAGCUGAAGCGGAGUGACUUCCCGACCUGCGUGAGGAAGGGGCUGGCCCGACUCGAAGAGGUGCUUCACUUGCCACCUGGUGCCAAAUACCAUGAGCUACAGCAGCACAUCAUGGACCAGUUUGUUUUCUGCUGCCGGGACUCCUCCUCCAAAAUAAGGGCUAUAGGGCCGGUGGAGGAGCUGGUGGUGGUGCGUGAGCUCAGCCAGUACCUGGGCAAGAUGGUGGACACAGCCUCCCGCAACUCCCUCUUCAUCACCCUCUUUCACCCGUCUGCUCAUGACCCCCGCAUCCCCCACAAACUGCGCAUCCUCUCUGCCCUUGUGUCACUGGCCAUCGCUACACACAACGUAUCAGUAUUGGAGGCCACAGCCGUCUGGAUGCAGCAAAUGUGUUGCCUCAGUGGGUGGAGUGGGGAGGUUUGCCGAGGGUUGGUGCAGGACUACUUUCAGCUCACCCCAUCAGCUCCACCACACUUUGCAGCAGCCCUCAGAGCACUGCCCACCAUGGCUCCACUCUUCACUGCAAACCUCAUUACUACACUAUCGCAACUUUAUGCAAAAAUAGCCUCAUCUACAUUUUCAGGCAGUGGGGAGAUGUGUGAGCGCCCGCCAGAUGCCUUGGUGAGCACGAUAGUGUGGUGGCUGAAGGGCUCCCCAGGCCUGCCACCCCACCUGGCCCUGGUCCCCCUCACCCACCCCCUUCCUGGUGUCUCCCUCCCCAUGACAGCUGUACCACCACUGGCACCUCUUAUGAAGUGGUGUGUUGAAGCACCCUUCUUCGAGCAGACAAGUGAUUCCUCGGAAACACUUCCCCGGAAAACCAAAAUGCUGAAAACAGAGACAGAAUUGGACAAAGCUGCAGUCUGUACUACCCCCUCAUCCUCCUCAUCACCACCUCCCCCAUCUGCAUCAGCCUCUUCACCUCCUGCCUCCAAAGCCCCACCAUCAUCAGAGACAACUGCUGACCUCUAUUCCCAGCUGCAUCUCUCCAUCCUGCAGACUCUUCAGAAUGUCCCUUCAGUUCGGGCACGCAUGACUCAAAAACAGGUAUUGUGUCCAAAGCACGUUACAUCAGUGGUGGAUGCAGUGAGUGAGCGGAUAAGGAAUGCUAACAAUAGCAGCAGCAGCAGCGGCACUACUAGCAGCAGUAAUAAUGACAACACGAAUGGCCAGGUGGUGGAUGAGGAAGCCACAGACACAGCUCUCAACAGAUUGGCACAGAUUAUCCUUGUUGCACUUCAAACAGAAUCUCUCUCUGGAUCCCUGAGUGACAUGUGGGACUCCCUGCACAGGCUUCCCAAGAAGAACAGACUCAUCUCCACUCUCCUGUCAAGCCGUGAAGCUCGGUGACAGUGAGGGACAGAAUUCAAGUGUCCACUUCCCAGUGGAAGUCAGACCAUCAAACACUUCCCUAGGUUAAGUUUGCAUUACCUCGUCACUUACACACACAAAUUACACUUCAAGACGAUCCUGUUUUUUUCUACUUGUUACAUACAACUGUGUAAUGAAAGCUCAUUAAUUAUGUUUUAAAAUAUAUUAAGAAAUUACACUCUGAACAAAUCAAAAGUUCUAUCUAGGCCUAGGGUCUUUUCCUGAUGAGAUUUUGUUCGUUUGCUCAGUGAGUGGAAAAGUGACAGCAUUUUUCAAGCACAUGGUGUGAAUGGUGUUUUGAAAUCAUUAAGGUACUGUCAAGGAGGGGGGCUGUUUGGGGAUACAAUUCUGUACCAGAAAAAGGAAUAAACUGAGUCAAUUAU